AUUAUAGUUUUGACAUUGUUUUAUUGACGUUUGUUGUAAAAUUUGCUGUCGUUGCAGUUGUAAAUAAAUAAACUACAUUUUUAGUUCGAUUGUGAUGGAAGGCGUUUUAUGGAAAUGGACAAAUUACUGGAACGGUUGGCAGACAAGAUGGUUCGUUUUGGAGAAUGGUAUACUAUCUUAUUAUAAAUCAGAAGAGGAAGUGUUUCAAGGAUGCAAAGGCUCGGUGAAAGUAUCAGUAUGUCAAAUAAAUGUCAAUAAUAUCGACAAUACCCGUCUGGAUUUGGUUAUACCUGGCCAGCAACAUAUGUAUCUACGGGCACCUUCUCCUCAAGACAGGCAAAAGUGGUUGGUUGCUUUAGGAAGUGCUAAAGCAUGUGUUGACAAAACUGAUACAAUAGCCCCAGAAUUUGAUAAUUCUUUGGGACAUAAAAAGUCUGAAUUGAGGCUCUAUUGUGAUCUAAUGAUGCAGCAAGUGCAUUUUAUAAAAGGUGCAUCCUAUACCGACAGUCCAGAAAAUAAGAGAGUGGAAGAAGAAGUAAACCUGUUAAAAGCUACAUGUGAUACAUUUAUUAAAACAUUGGAAGAAAUUAUGAGAAUUGCCAACUAUAGCGGUAAUGCAACUGUACAUGAUAUGCCUAUUCCUAAUUUAAAUAAACUACAGAGCAACUCAAAAAAUACUAAAUCUCAUUUAAACAGGACAGUCUCACAAGAAAACAGAUAAAUAUUCAAAAAAUACAUUAACCCAAUUCCAAAAAAAAACAUUCACAUCAGUUUACUUAAUUAGGAAAUAAUUAAAGUAGUCACUAGAUUUUACAUAAAGUUGCUUAAAUUGGUUGUAUUUAAAUGUUAUUGUUUAAAAUUGUAUGUUUUAGUUAUAUUAAUAAGAAAAGGGCAAUCUAUUAAGUCUUGUUUUAUCCUUUUUUUAAUUGUGAAUAAUUUACUAUAAAGAGUUUAUAUUUUGACAUAACAUUUCUGUCCCAGUUUGAUAAGAUCUGAGAUAUGUUAAUUUUAUUUGAACUUAAAAUUGGUCCAAGUCAUACAUUGCAUUGAGCUGUUAAUAUAUUGAGCCGUAGCUCAACAAUUUGAGCCUGUUGUAUCUGAACUUUUUAGCUUCAGAGCUGAUUCAUACAAAUCUCAUUAUUUGAAUGUAAACCAAGAAAACAGUUAUUAGAAAUGUACUUUUAUAGACUUGAGGAAUGUAUUCCAUAAUAUCUAAUAUUGUUCUUACACUGUAUGUAAAUGUCUUGUUU